AUGCUCUGUGCCUAUCUUCGGAGCUCGACAGGAUACUCUCGGGGCGUGUAUCCGUCUGCACGGCGGAGGUGCAAAUGGGUCGCUCCGGUCAUGAAGAAAGCGUUGAAGCAUUUCAAUUUGUUCCGCCUUCUCGCUCAGAAGUCUCAAACCGAGAGGGAAUCCGAUAGGGAUGUUGAGACACCCUCCCCACAUGUUGCUCCGAUUCCUUUGGAAAGCAACCAUCACCACGAUACGUUAUCGUCAAAGUUGCCAAAUGUACAAUUUACCGCCCGUGUCGUAAGUGUGAAUUUCACUAGACAGGAAGUGACAAGGCCUCAAACUCUGAGCGUGCGUUAUAACGUUACCAUUGAACCGCUUCUCGUUUCCGUGCAUGCUCGUAGCGGAGUGGCUAGAAGCCAGCCUGUUUUUAGUCAUCGGCCAUGA